UUUGACCAUUCUCUACAAAUUUUUGGAAUCCUUCAGUUAGAAAUUUGUAAGAAAUUAAAAUCUAGGGGUUUUUCAACUCCAUUAAUUAAUGGAGGAAGAUAAAGCAGCUGCAUAUUACGAAGAACUAACACGAAAGGGAGAAGGUGCAGCUAGAUUCAAACAAGGAUUAGGUUUCUCUUCAAAAUCAUCAGAUACUAGUAAUCCCAGUAAAGGUUCUGCUCAUCCAUCUUCCACUUCUUCUUUCCUUAGUAGUUUCGUUAAAGCUUCAAGUCCUUCGAAAUCAACUGAAGUGUCACAGAAACGAAUUGAGCUUGAAAAUGUUCAGAACAAGCUUAAGAAGAAGAAGAACGAGAAGUCUGAAUCUUUAUCUAGGGUUUCGGAAAAACGUUCAUCUAGUAUAGAGAGAAAUGGGGAUCCAAGGAGAAGAAGUAGGAGUAGGGAAAGAAGUGGGAAUAAUGAUAGAGAACGAAAGAGCGAGAGGAGGAGAAGAAGAAGUAGGUCUUCCGAGGAGGAGGAUGAAAGAAGGCGCAGGAGUGGUCGAGAAAAUCGCAGUAGACGAAGGAGUAGGAGCUCGUCUCCUGGUGAUAGGAGAAAGCUAGAGAAAAGGAGAGAUGAUCGAGAAAAUCGAUAUAGACGAAGAAGUAGAAGUUUGUCUCCUGGCAGUAGAAGGUUAGAAAAGGGGAGAGAUGAUCGACGUGAUAGUAGAACAGAAGGUAAAAGGGAUAAGGAAAGGAAUGGUGCAGUCGAUUAUGCCAAACUUAUCAAAGGAUAUGCUGAAAUGACUCCAGCAGAAAGAGUUAAAGCAAAGAUGAAGCUUCAACUCGCACAAACAGUUGAAAAGGAUACUUCUAAGGGCAUGGGAGCAGGAUGGGAACGUUUUGAGUUUAACAAAGAUGCGCCACUAGAUGAGGGUGAGGAAAUGGAAGCGGCAGAAGAUGAGGCAAACUUGGUCAAGACUGCCGGCCAAACUUUCCGGUUUUCUGCAAUAGAGUCAAGAAGGGAGGAGCAAAUUAAGGCUGCUCAUGAUGAUGCUAUGUUUGGAGUACCAACGGCUGAAGCAUCCACCAGCCUUGCAGAGUUGGAAGAAAAGGAACCAAUUGUGGAGGACUCUAGGAAAGAGAGCAGUGAUAGUGGUUUAGGUGCAAAUAUCAUCAGUGAAAAAGUACUCGCAAAGCAGACUGGUUCUUGGCGAGACCGAGCUCGUAAACUCAAAGACGGGUGAGGUGAUUGGGCAAAUUUCUAGAUGAUUAUCAGAUCCCAAAUUAUGUUUCCGAAACAACUUUGGAAGAAAAUGAGAAAAUGUGAAAAAACAAAGACAGGCUAGUUGAAGAAAAUCUGAUUACUCAGUAGUCAGUACGGCUUUUCAGUAAUAUCCAUGGGCGAAUACAAGGGGGGAGUCUGUGGGGUCGCAGGUGCCAUAAGACUUUAAAAUCAGUAAACACCUGUAUAUUUUCCCAAUUUGCCUCAGCUAAUGGCUCUCAUGUAGCUAAUUUUAUUGAUAUGUACUAACACCAAGUCCUGAAAUAAACAUAUCCUUAAUGCAUUGUUUGAUGAGAAAACUCUUCAUAAAAUUGUUAAUGUUAGAAUCCCUUUUGCUGGAACA